AUGGCCUCGAUUGUCUGCUCGUCCCUGCGCGCGGCCGCCCGGCCCGCCAUGCGCCUGGCUGCUCCCCGCGCCGCCGCGGCUGCGCCGUCGUUCCGCCGCUUCACCACCUCUCGCAUGAGCCUCAUCCGCAAGUACACCAAGGACCACGAGUGGGUCGACCUGUCUGCCGACCGCAAGACGGGCGUCAUCGGCAUCUCGACGUACGCGGCCGAGCAGCUCGGCGACGUCGUCUACGUGGAGCUGCCCGAGGCGCCGGCCUCCGACUUCGUCGACCAGGGCGACGCCAUCGGCGCCGUCGAGUCGGUCAAGAGCGCCUCCGACAUCAACGCCCCCGUGCGCUGCAAGGUCGUCGCCGCCAACCAGCUGCUCGAGGAGAAGCCCGCCACCAUCAACCAGGUCCCCGAGGACGACAGCAACGGCGGCGGCUGGAUCGUCCGCGUCGAGGUCGACGAGGAGGGCGCCAAGCAGGUCGACGAGCUGAUGGACGCCGAGGCCUACAAGGCCUUCAUCGAGGAGUAG